GCUGACCAAAAAACCCCAUUUGGCAUUUGCUGCUGCUUGCUCUACUCCGUCUCUCGGAGCUGAGAUGGGCUCCUGCAUGUCGUCUGACUCACCGGCGGUGGCGACGGCCGCCGCCGGAGCUCCGAUUUACGUUGAAGAAGACGCCUACUUCUCUUCUGGAACAGGUAUGUGCUCGAAGAGGUGGAUGGGGUGGAAGAAGAAAGGUACAGAAGAUAAGAGGAAAAGAGGAGGAGGGUUUUUCGAUCGGAAGGCAGUUUCAGGUGGAGGGAAUGAGGCGGUGGAUGAGCUCCUUCUCAUACCUGGUCGGAUGUAUAUGAACGGAGCCAGCGAAGCGGCUUGCCUUUUCACGCAGCAGGGGAAGAAGGGGACCAAUCAGGACGCUAUGAUCGUGUGGGAGAAUUUCACAUCAAGAGCUGACACCAUCUUUUGUGGAGUAUUUGAUGGUCAUGGUCCAUUAGGGCAUAUGGUAGCUAGGAAGGUUCGGGAUUCUCUUCCUCUCAAGUUAUGCAAUCAAUGGAAAGCCAUUGUUGAGGGGCAAGAGAGCCCUCAGAAAAAUGAUAGUUCAUCCAGGAGUAUGAAUUCUGAAGAAACAUCCUUUGUCAGCGUUGAUGAUGAGUGGUGCGAGUCUGUAAAUUUUGCUGAAGUUGAAAAGCUACCAGAAAUAUAUCUCCCCUUAAAGCAGUCUUUUCUGAAAGCUUUCAAGCUCAUGGAUAAGGAAUUAAAACUUCUUCCGACAGUUGAUUGUUUCUGCAGUGGUACGACAGCAGUUACUUUGGUAAAGCAGGGGCAGGAUCUCAUAAUUGGAAACUUGGGAGAUUCAAGAGCAAUAAUGGGCACUCGAGAUAGAGACAACAACUUGGUUGCACUACAAUUGACUGUGGACUUGAAGCCCAAUCUUCCUAGGGAAGCUGCUAGAAUUGAACAAUGCAAAGGAAGGGUUUUUGCCUUGCAAGAUGAACCCGAAGUUGCGCGUGUAUGGUUGCCAAACAGCAAUUCACCAGGCCUAGCCAUGGCCAGAGCUUUUGGAGACUUCUGUCUGAAGGACUAUGGUCUAAUUUCUGUUCCUGAUAUCUCAUACCGCCAUCUCAGUGACAAAGAUGAAUUCAUUGUACUUGCUUCCGAUGGUAUAUGGGAUGCUCUUACAAAUAAAGAAGUUGUGGACAUUGUGGCUUCUGCGCCAACCCGGGUCAUUUCCGCCAGAGCUGUUGUUGAUUCUGCAGUCAGAGCUUGGAGAUUAAAGUUCCCUACCUCCAAAAUUGACGAUUGUGCUGCUGUUUGUUUAUUUUUAAGUCCUCCACCUCCCUCAUCUAGCCCAGCCAGAGAAUUAGUGGAGAGUGAAGAAAAAGGAGGGCUAGUCGAUGAUCAAUCUGUAGAACACUCUUAUGCACUUCAUAAUUCUAAUGAGAUCAUUCCAGUAUCAGAGGACUCUAAAGUAGGAAAGACUCCUGAUCAUUGCCAGUCCACUCGAAGCCUUGCUGAUUGCAUAUCCAGCACAGAAGAAGAAGAAUGGUCUGCUCUAGAAGGUGUAACUAGGGUUAACUCCCUGUUAAAUAUUCCAAGGUUCUUUUCCAGCGACAAGCGAUCCAACGGGCGAAGAAAAUGAUUGUAAGAAGUUAGAGGUAAUACUGAACUAUUUGUGCAAAUUUACAGUAAGCUGAACUAAUUUUUCUGAAGUCUAAAUAGGUCUUUGAUUGGUUCAGCUUAUACUUGCAACUAAUAUUGGGAUUGUUGCCUGUAGGUUGGUAUAUUGCAAUGUUUCUUAUCUUUUAUUCUUCUAA